CCAGAGAGUGUGGAGUGUAUCAGAUACGGAUAUCCAUAAGAUCUCUGGUUCUGGCUGCUCUGAACAGAUCAGGAUCCUGGUGUGUAUCAAGUAGUUGUCUGCAUCAUGAAUCCUCCUGCGCGUCGGGGCCCUACGCUCAAACGGCUCGACACGCUCUUUAUCCCCCGCAGCUUCGAGUCCUUCUCGCCCAUCACCCAGACCCAUGCCGGCACCCUGCACCGCAUCAGUACCGAUGCGGGCAGUCCAGGCGGGCACGCAGGAGCAUCUUUAGAACUCUCGUCAUACACUCCAGACUCAUCUUUGCAGCAGGUCUCUGCACUCGCUCUGCACCAGCGCGAUCUGGAUAAGCGACGCGAGACCCCCUCGGCGCAUGACCGCGCCCUGUUUAUCUACGAGGCCACCCGCGUAGGCCGCAUCUACGAUCUAGUUGACGCUGUUGUCUCGACUCUUUUUUGCAUCUUAUAUCUCUGGAACACGCGAUAUGCCCGGGUCGACGACACCUACCAGGCGCUUCCGCUCUGGUCCAAGGUCUGCGAACGGCUGCUCGCCAUCCUGAUGCUGCUCAUGUACAUUCCCCGCUACUAUUUCUACAGCAACAAGCUCGAUUAUUUUUUCAGCAUCAAAUCAGUCGUUACUUGGCUCUCUGUGUUUUCCGUCUUGCUCGCUUGGAUAGUCGACGAUACCAGGAUCGGACCAGACAUCGAUCUCAGCUAUAUGUCGGCCGGCGAUUUCGUCUUUCUCUAUCCAGCUCGAUUCGUUCGCGUCAGCUUCUCAAUCCUUCAGACUCUGUUGCCCGUGAAAACAGUCUAUCUCGAGCUAUCUCCGCUCAGUCGCGAACUUCUCCGCUUGGCAACCACCUUCUUCUCCGCAGUCCUCACAAUCUCGGCCGUCAUCCACAUCGUCUCGUAUAAAGCUCUGACCGCUCAAGACAAACCCCCCGACUCAACCUUCUUCGACUCCUUCUUCUUCACCGUAAUCGGCACCGUCACCGGCAUGCGCUCCACCAGCGUCCCCGACACGCGCUUCACACGCGUCGUCAACUUAUUUGUCAUCGCAGCUGGAUUUCUGUGGCUGCCUAAGCAGCUCGCAAAGUUGAUUUCGGUUAUAAACUCGCAGAGUCCGUACGAGAGAAAGGUGUCAAAGACGAAUAAGGAAAACACAUACGUGAUUAUCUCGGGUGAACCUGAGCUCACCGAGCAGCGUCUCGCAAAUUUUCUGCACGAGUUUCUCCACAUCGACCACGGCGUAAUGCAGUCAAUCAACCUCAAAUGCACAGUCCUGCGCCCAGUCGAGCCCCGCUCGAUACUCAAGCAAUCUCUACUCGACCCACACCUCUCGUCCCGCGUAUCAUACCUAGUCGGUACCGCAAUGUCCUUCCGUUCCCUGUCCAAGGCACGCGGAGCUGAAGCUUGCGCCGCGUUCCUGCUCGCGUCGAGGACGCACGGGCAGAAUCUUGACGACGCGGACGCGCAGCAGAUGAUGCGCGCGCUCAGUCUUUGCAAGUUUAACAGUAACUUGCGGAUUUUUGUUGAGGUGCAUCUUCGCGAGAACGUAGCGAACUUUGAUUUCCUAGCCGAAAACGUGGUCUGCAAACAAGACAUAGUCGACGGUCUUCUUGCCCAGUCCGUGCUUGUCCCAGGACUCUCGACUAUUCUUGUUCUUCUCGCGACCUCUAUCGGCGAUGACUCGCUCGAACAGCUGCAUAAGGUAGCUGCCAGCAGCCACAUGCCGUGGAUGAGAGAGUAUCUAAACUCUCUCGGCCAGGAGUUUUAUACUUCGGAUUUCCACAGCUCGUUUGUGGGGUUGAAGUUCAUUGAAGCGGUCCAGCUCGUGCAUCGAUUUCUGGGUGUGCUUGUGGUCGGGUACGGAAUUGAGCAAAAAGAUAACAUCAGGCGGAACACAGUCAAGAUUUCGUCUGAUCCAGAGUACGUGCUCAUGGGCGAGGAAGUGUGUAUCACGAUUGCCUCAGAUGUUUAUGAUGCAGAUCGCGUGUCGCAGUUUGACGUAUCGCAGCAUUUGCGGUCGGCGAUGUACACCGACGAGACAUUCACCCCUGCUGAUCUCAACGCGAGAGUUAAUGAUCCUGUCGUCGUCGUAUCAGGAGAAGCCGACAACACACCACAGAGCAUGGACGGAGUACUUUCUUCGCGCCAAUUGCAUCCGUUGGUAAUCCCCGUCUCCCGCUCCGACAGCAACGACGGAUCGCGCGUUCUUCCCCCUGGCGCGCGCUCCAGAUCGCGAUCGCCGGUCCCUACGCGUCGUCAAAAGUCUGAAUCUAACAGCAGCAGCAACAGCAUCAGCAAGGACGGAUUUGAAAACCACGUAUUGAUCUGCGACUGCUCCGAUCGCACUACGCGCAGCUUUGAUGUUCUGUUCCACUCAAUCAGGAACUCGCCUGACGCACAGAUCAGGAACCAGCCCAUCGUCGUGCUUACCAAGAACCCUUCGAUUGUCUCACAUAGCGACGGCAGCUGUUCGUCAGCAGCCGACGACGAGGAGCAUGCUAACGGCGUCAUCUACAUACCUGGGAACCCCACCGACGUCUAUGACCUCCAGAAAGCAGGCGCCGGACGCGCAUCCAGAUGUCUGAUCCUAAGCGACGAAGCCCAAGCGCCCGACACUGCCGAGAUCACAGCCGACGCACGGGUGCUGCUGACCGCGCUAAACUUCGAGGCCAUCAACGACCGCGCAGGGAGCAUGAUGGUGAUUGAAUGUCUGCGCGAGGAUACAAUCAAGCUGAUCGGUCAAACGCGGAGUAUCGAGUGCUCGGACGACAGGCUGAAGCAGUUCCUGCGCCCGAGCUUUAUGAGCGGGAACGUGGUCUGCCCUGCGCACGUCGACGUGCUUACCUCCCAGAGCUUUUAUAACCCGUUCAUCGCACAGAUCUUUGAGACGUUCAUCUUACGCGACAGCGAGAGCUCCAGCUCGCAGGUUCUGUUGCUUCCCGUGCCGAAGUCUAUGCAGGGGAAAUCAUACGGCUCACUUGUGUCGCUGCUUCUACGGGGAAGUUUACCCCGCGAGGGUAGUCCGUCAGAGAUGAUGCUGGACGGCAAACCGGGUAUUCCGCUAGGGCUUCGUCGGGAGAUGGAUGGGUACUCUUAUGUUGCGAUCAAUGCGGCGGAAACGGUUGUGCUUCGUGCCAGUGAUGCGGUUUACGUAAUUCGCCAUGUAGUUUAGCUUGAUUUGGAUAAUUUAUUUGAUUUUGGAGA